UUACUCGAAAAUAUUUUACCUAUAUUUCUCAUACAUCUACCCUCUGUCUCAUACACAUGGGUCGACUUCAAGAAGAGGGAAGCAGUCCAAUUCAUAGUUUUCGGUUAUCGACCGUGAGUGCAUCCCGACCAACAGAGACUGGCAUGACCCACGAACCCACCGGUUUAGACCUCGCCAUGAAGCUCCACUACCUAAAGGUGGUUUAUAUAUACUCGGCCCAGACGGCACGUGACUUGACCGUGAUGCACGUGAAAUGGCCCUUGUUCCAACUGUUCGAACAUAUCCCAUGGAUCGUUGGCAGGUUCAGGCGGCACGAUUCGGGACGUCUGUUCAUAAAGUGCAACGACUGUGGCACGCGUUUUGUUGAGAGUCAGUGCGAUCUCACACUGGAGGAGUGGCUACGUGUACCAGACCGGUCCGUAGAUGAGUCAUUGGUUUAUCACCAACCAGUUGGACCCGGGUUGGCAUACUCUCCUUUGAUCUAUAUUCAGAUGACCCGGUUCAAGUGCGGUGGAUUAGCGUUUGGUCUAAGUUGGGCACAUAUCAUGGGAGAUCUAUUCUCUCUUUCUCACUUUUUCAACCUAUGGUCUCGAACCUUAGCUGGUGAAGAGAUCUACUGGCCCAAACCCUCUAACUUACAAAAAGGUUGUCCAAACCCGACUUCUACUACGGACAAAGAACCGGGGUCCAUCAAACAGGUUGACCCGGUUGGUGACCUCUGGGUCGUUUCGAAUAACAGGAAAAUGACAACAUACUCCUUCAAUGUAAAGGUGAACGACAUAAAAUCACAACUUCCAGCGAACAGAAAUGAAUUCGAGAUCCUUACUGGCAUCAUAUGGAAAUGCAUAGCCAAGGCUAGAGGAAAAUCUGAGCCGGUUGCGAUCACGAUCAUCAGACCGGAUCCCAACGGACUGAAGCAUAGAGCGGUGAGGAACACUCAGAUGAUUAGCUCCGUUCACGUCGAUUUUUCUGUGGUUCAUGCAAAUUUGGAUGAUAUUUUAAAAGCGAUGGUAGAAGCGACCGAUGAGACGUUCUUGAUCAAUGAGCUUGGGGAGAGAGAUGAGGACUUUAUUGUAUACGGAGCGAAGUUAACGUUUGUGGAUAUGAGUGAAGUGGAUUUCUACGAGGCGAAAGUAAGGGAGACAUCACCGAGAUCGGUGUAUUGUAAUGUUCAGGGGAUAGGAGACAACGGAGCGGUGGUGGUUUAUCCAGCGGCUAAGAAGGAUGAGAGGGUUGUGAUGGUGACGUUGCCGGAGGAUGAGAUGGAGAAGGUUAAAGGGGAACUUGAGAAGUGUGGUUUAGUCAAGGAGUUAAGUAACGGAGAAUGAAAUUCAAAAGUGAUGUUUGCUGUAUCAUUUCUUUAUCAAGUGUGUCAUGUUUGUGUGUUUAAAUUUCUGUUUCUUUUCUUUAUCAAGUAUGUCAUGUUUGUGUGUCUAAAUCGUUGUAUUUUCUGUCGUGCUUUCCAUCAGAGAAUAAUGGUAAGAAGGCGAGUGUCUGUGUAAGAUUGAAAUAAGUACACUAAUCUAUAAUGUAUGGGUUUUUAAUGAUAAACUGUCUAUUCGUGAGGUUA